CGACGUUGAAACAAAGUGUUGACAGAGACCGAAGUGGUCCAAGUGCGACUCUGGGAAUCCUUAUUUAUUACGACUUUAAUCGCCUUUUCCCCCGUCUUCCUUCGGUUUUUAGGAUUUAAGGAUGGCUGAUGUGGAUAUCCUUACCACCCUCAAGAUCCUCAUCAUAGGAGAAAGCGGCGUGGGGAAAUCCAGCUUAUUACUUCGGUUCACAGACGACACUUUUGACCCAGAGCAAAGUGCGACUAUUGGUGUUGACUUUAAAGUUAAGACAAUCAGUGUAGAUGGAAAUGUAACAAAGUUAGCAAUUUGGGACACAGCAGGUCAAGAAAGGUUUAGAACUUUAACGCCCAGUUACUAUCGAGGAGCCCAGGGUGUUAUCCUUGUGUAUGAUGUUACCAAUAGGAACUCUUUUACCAAGUUAGAUAUGUGGCUCAAUGAACUUGACACUUAUUCAACCAAGACAGAGAUUGUGAAGAUGCUAGUGGGCAACAAGAUUGACAAGGAGAAGGUUGAAGUAAGUAGAGAGGAAGGCCUCAAGUUUGCCCGACGUCAUGCAAUGCUUUUUAUUGAAGCAUCUGCCAAAACAAAGGAUGGUGUGCAGUGUGCCUUUGAAGAACUUGUCCAGAAGAUUAUUCAAACACCAGGAUUAUGGGAGAUGGACCAGAGAUCUCAGGGUAGUUUCAACGUCUCACAUCAGAAUCAUAAUGAAGACUCUUAUUGCGGAUAUUGUUCAGUUCUUUAAAACUUAGGUGCCUGGACAAGCGGUCACUUAAUAUGACCUCUUGCAGCAGAAAGACCAAUGAAGCUGACAGGAUACUCCUUUAAGGAAAAAGAUUGUGAUUAGCUUUUAUACGCUUUACUGUUAGUAGUCAUUCAGUCCUGUUCUGCUUGAUGUCUUGCCGAUAAGGAGAGAUUGCUAAUUUACUAGUUAACAGAUUAAUUUUGUGUAUGUGUUAGUGAAUGGAAGGAAGAAUCAAAUUAAGUAGUGAAUAGACAUUUGCAGAACAUGGAACAAUUUGUUUACUCCAUAGCAGUAGGGUUCAUAUUUUCUUUUCAAGCUAAUUAUGAAUAAGAAUGUAGAAAAAAUGUGCACAGAUAUGUUAAUCCUUAAAGUCAUUAGGAUUUGUUAAAGUGUGUUUCCUCUGUAAGUUAAGGUCUUUCAGCAUGUGUUUACACAUGGAAUUAUUUCUG